AUGGCAGUCAUGGAUCUACUUAUAGAAAAAAUAAACGAUCUCCAGGACAUAUGUACAGAGAAUAGCAUAUCAAAUAAAAUAGAACUCCCACAAAUAGUGGUUAUUGGUAGUCAAAGCUCCGGAAAAAGUAGUGUCCUCGAAAACAUAAUAGGCAGAGAUAUUCUUCCGAGAGGCACAGGGAUUGUCACCAGAAGGCCCUUGAUCUUGCAACUCAUCCAUAGUAAAACAGAAGAUCAUGCGGUUUUCAAUCAUUUUCCGGAAAAAAGAUAUACAGACUUUGAUGAAGUGAAGAAAGAAAUCAUAAAGGAAACAAAUCGAAUUUUAAAGUCGAAGAAUGAUGUCUCACCCCAACCCAUUAUACUUAAGUACUAUUCUUCUAAGGUUCUAACACUCACAUUAGUUGAUCUCCCUGGGCUGGUGAGAGUCCCGACUAAUGACCAGCCUAAGGACAUAUGUACCAAAAUAACGGAAAUGUGUAGGAAAUAUGUAUCUAAUAAGAAUGCCCUGAUUCUUGCAGUGUCCUCUGCCAAUACAGACAUAUCGAAUUCUGAUGCUCUACAGCUUGCUAGGGAGGUUGAUCAUAACUAUGAAAGAACCAUUGGCGUUCUUACCAAGGUAGAUCUUAUGGAUUCUGGGACAGAUGUUGUGGACAUUCUAGCAGGCAGGAUCAUAUGCCUAAGGCUGGGCUUUGUUCCCGUUGUAAAUAGAAGCCAACAGGACAUUGAAAAAAACAAAGGCAUACAACAGGCAUUAAAAGACGAGGAGGUAUUUUUCUCGACUCAUGAGUCUUAUAAAAGGAAUAAGGCAUACUGUGGAACGUCAUACCUGAUAGCAAAGCUCCAUAACAUUCUCCAUGAGCAUAUAAGGCAAUGCUUGCCGGAUCUCCAAGAAAGGAUCAAUAGUGGAAUGAUCGAUGCACAGAAUAACCUUCGAGACCUUGGAAAUGUAUGCUUAAGCCCAAAAGAAAAUGUAAUGAGAAUCAUCAAUGGCGUUUCUAAGAGAUUCAGUGACAUUCUUUCAGGGAAUGUUGAGUCUAAAGGAAACGAGCUGAUGGGAGGUGCAAGGCUGAAUUAUGCAUUCAACCACCAUUUCUCAAAAUUUAUAAACAGGCUUGGUGCUCUUGACAACAUCCACGAUGAACAGAUAAGAGCGUUGCUGUAUAAUUCUAGUGGAUCAUCAUCUGUUCUACUGUUUGGUCAAGCAGCCUUUGAAAAGCUAGCAAGGGUUUCUGUCGAAUCUUUUAAACCCCACAGCUUGAAGCUUGUAAGCAUAGUUUUUUCCGAGCUGGUUAGAAUGAUCAAACAUAUUGUAGAUGGCUCUACUAUGAGCAGGUACCCUGCACUUGGGGAGAGGAUCAUAAGUAGUGCGAUUAGAAUGUUUAAAGAACGAUGCGAUGCAACACAUAAGCUGGUCGAAUCAUUUAUUGAUUGGAAUACAGGAUAUAUCAGUACUAAGCAUCCAGACUUUAUAAAGUGGAGUGAAAUGCUGUCGAAGGAACUAGAGGAUCCUGCGGUAGAAAGAAAAGCAGAAAAGAUAGACUUCUACAAGGGAAUGGAAACCAAGAUGACUCUUGACUCCAUUCCUAAUACAUUGAGGAUUCGUGAUGGGCUUUCCGAGCAGGAAACCAUAGAGAUAAGUAUGAUCAAGUCUAUGGUUGAAUCCUACUUUGAAAUAACUAAGAAGAUAGUUGUCGAUCAAGUCCCAAAAGCGAUAAUGUGCGAGCUAGUAAAAAAGGCCGAGAAUUCCCUUCAAGAAACACUGUUUAUGGAAAUAUACAACAGAGAGGAUAUAGACACCAUAGCCUCUGAGUCUGAGGAAGUGAAGAUGGAAAGAAGCAGGAUAGAGUCCAUGCUGAAAGCCCUAAAACAGGCCUAUGAUAUAAUAUGCUCUUUAUGA